AUGGAUCCAGUUCCGUGGUUUGAUAAUUUCCUAUGGAACCAUGAUUUACCUAUGAUCAUGGCCUGGUAUAGAAACAAAGGGUUUAAUGAUUUCGUGCCUCCGUCAAUCUCUCCCUUUUUUAUUCUGCUCAAAUUUCUAAGAAUGGCACUAGGAAUCCGUAAAACUCAAAUUAUUUCAAAAGCUGCUCUACAAAGCAUGCUUAACCAAGCUACCAAGGAUAGCUCAACUGCUGCGUCAGCUCGUAUUGGAGUCAGAGAACAUUUUAACCAAUCAAAUGUGUCAUCUGCUGGAGUGACUGGAGCAAGUGGAACUACUGAAGUUCAUCAUGGUUCUUCCGGAGAAGGUGAUAAUACUACAACAAAUCACACUAAUAAGAGUGGCAUUCUACAAACCCUUGAAACUCCCAACCCAAAUCAGAAUUUGAAUGCAGCUGAAGGCUCAACUGGUAACCUUCAGGAUACAUCAGUCACAGCACUCUAA